AUGCGACAAGUCGCUGUUGGACAAGAGAGAUUUGCAUUUACUCCUUGUCGCUACGGCCAAAGCUGCUGUCAUGACAAGACAAGUGGUCUCAUUAGCGCCAUCAUCCUUGUAGUAACGAGUUCCGUGAUGUUGAACCUUUUUCAAUUCUUCACGGAGGCCAGUCCGACUCAAUUUGUGGAUUUGACAAGUGACAGCGGAUUUGGCAGUUCGUAUCAAAAUUUGGUUUUAAAUCAAGAUGGUACCAUCAUGUCCACCAAUGCUGCUUCCUCGAUCGUAUUGAAUCAAACAAGUCUCCUCUCCUAUGAUCGUUAUAUUUUAAAUAUGACAAAUUUAAAUAAUACUUUUUUGUACACUUAUGGAAGCGAAGUCGGAUUUCUUUAUUAUGGAAUUGUCUAUCAAAUCAUUUGUUUGUGUUUUGAAUUUGUGAUGAUUGUAUUGGCUGCUUCUCCAUUGAUUGCGAAAAGAGGAAGAACUUGGCAAAAGAAAGUAUUGCUUGCAUUUUGCAUGAUUGCUGCAAUUAUGGAAUUUGUGGCACAACCUUUUGAUUUGUUGAAGAUUUUUCAUCCACUACAAGAUCGAUCCAUUUCGAAUGCAGCCACUCUGUUUCUUCCUCACUUCUUUGCCAGAAUGCAAUUCCAAGCUAUUUAUGCACUCUUCGUCUAUCUCUUCUUUAAAAUUAUCAAAAUCAUUCUCACCAUUGCUGAACGAAUGAAUACUAAAAGAAAACGUGAAGAAAUUAAAGAAAUGUACAAGAAGGCAAUUUUAGGUCUUGGUCCCACCAAUACAGAAUCAGCAACAGUUGAUAAACAUCCAUCGAAUAACAAUAACAACAAUAACAACAACGGAAUAGAUUCAUCAUCUCCUCGAUCCGAAACAUCUGGAUUUCUAAAUUUGGGAAAUGUCAACAAUGUCACUACUGCCAUGACCACUCACAACGUGCAUCAUCAACAUUCCUCCAGUUUGAAUAUUCCAAACGUUGUUGGAGGACUGUCUCCUCAACUUUCAGGAACUCCAAACUUGGCAUCGCCACCUCUUGUUGGAAGUGUGAACUCAUCUCCUCAUUUAGAAAAUACUGCCAAUAAUCACAACACAUCCAUGGAUGAUGAAUUAUGGUACAUGAAAAAUCAAAGUGUUUCACCCAAUGGUUUAAUGCCUUCUUCGAAUAAUAUGGGAGGAGGAAAUGGAACUACAACUGGAUUAUUACAACCCAAUGCAAAUCCUUCUUCUUCUUCUCCAAAUAUGUCCAACAACCAUACGACCCUUUCUGGAACUUCACCAAUUCCUUCUUCUUCGAGUUUGAAUCCUGCCAAUUUUGCAAAAAAAAAUUCCUUAGAUAUUACGUAUUCACACAAUAUUGAUCAUGCACUUAAAACAAUUUCAAAAAAUUCGACCACUCUUUCAUUGAAACAAGCUGAAAAUAGAAGAGGAAGUUCUUCAUCAAAUAUUUCAGAUACUUCCAUGACGGGUCUAUUAGUAGCAAAUAAGAAAGUCAUUGAAAUCUCUUCACGAGACAGAGCGACCAGUAAUGUUUCAGGAGAAUCAAAAUUGAGUGAAUUAGAUAAGGCAUUAUCAUUGGCAGUUCCAACUUCUUCCUUUUAUGAAAAAUAUCCAAGUUCUCCAAGUGUGAAAUUUCUCAAAAUUCUGAAACUGUUCAUGAUGAUUGUAUUCAUUCUUCAUGUUGUAUUGAGUGUGAUGGAUAUUAUUUGCAUGCUUGCUUUUUACUUGUGGGAAUUUUUUGGUUCAAAUGUGAUGAGUGGAUUUUUCCCUUCACUGGAUGUGUAUCCAACGGUGGCAUUUUCCAUUUCAUUGGCAUUUUCGGUUUCAAUGGUGACAUUUGCAGGUGUGAAUUUUGUGCUAAUUCUCGUAUUUACCUAUGUCUUGUAUUUUCAUCCAGAUCAUGACGAUGCUAUUAAGAGUGCCAUUUUAGGACAUCCCAUGCCUUCGAGUCAAAAUAUUGGACCUAUGAAAGUAGCUUUGGAAACGAUUGAGGAAAAUAAGAAUCGAUCCUUGAUUUGUACGGCUGUCUUGUUGUGUCACGUUUUUGUGGCAGCCUAUGUGGCUAUUUAUCCUCUCUUUUAUUAUAGCAUGUUGAUGCAGGGAAUGAGUUUCUUGUACCAAAUUAUUUUCUAUUUUGGAAGAAGAAUUGGAACCAUGUGUGCCAUCUUGUCGAUUUAUUUGUUGUAUGUGCCAUUCUUUAAAAUGUAUCAUGGCAUUACAAAAAUUCAAACGACCAAGAAUAAGAAAAUUGCUCUGUUCAGAUAA